GACUCUUGUAAACUAGCGCAGCCAACCGUCAUAGGAGAACAACCGGCAUGGAAUAGCACCCGGGAAGGAAAGGAAGGGUAGGCUCUGCUUGGACUGCAGAUGCUGAUUGGAUCCGCUCCGGUUGCGCUGCCUUUCCCAGAUCUGUGAAAGGCGGAACUAUUCCGAAGCGCAGAAUCGCCUUCGCGCGCCUAGGAAAAAUCUGGUAACCAAGUGAAAAGAUGUGCAAGAUAACGGCUUUACUGGCUUUGCUAAGCCUGAUUUUCUCCUUAGAAUUAAGCAGCUGCCAUGUACGAUGGAGUGCCAUGGGAAGUAUUUUUAGAAGACUAAAAUAUGCUUUGCCAUCACAAGGAGAUCCUGGACAACCACUGUUUCUAACACCUUACAUUGAAAGUGGUGAAACUGAGGAAGGAAGGCAAUUAAGCCUAGUGGAACAUCUCCCAGGACCUAAUGUGAAGAGUUAUUCGGGCUAUCUGACAGUCAACAAAACUUACAAUAGCAACCUUUUCUUCUGGUUCUUUCCUGCUCAGUUUCAGCCAGAAAAAGCUCCUGUCUUACUUUGGCUCCAAGGUGGACCUGGAGGAACAUCUAUGUUUGGCCUCUUUGUUGAACAUGGACCAUAUGUUGUUCAGAAGAACCUCUCUUUGACUGAACGAAAGUUUCCUUGGACCUCUAAGUUCUCCAUGCUGUAUAUUGACAAUCCA